CAGGCACACAGCGCAGCUCUAUGACAGAUAAAGACGCAGAGAGAGAGAGGUGGAGGGGGAGAUCUGAAUCGCUCCCAGCCUACACAUUCUCCCAGCAGCCUCAGCCCCAGUAAUGUUGAGUACGCUGUGAGAGUGAGCUCUACCUCUCUGAAACACUCUGCUGUUGGAGGAAAGACAAAGCUAAAACCUCCCACCAUGGAAGAAGCGGACCUGCUGAAGGAGAGACUCCAGGCAAUCACAGACAAAAGAAGAAUCCAAGAAGACAUUGCCAAGAAAAGAAGACAGAUUGAAGAGGAGAAACUAAAACUCCAGUACAUCAAGAAGAAAUCCCUGCGGGAGCAGUGGCUGAUGGAUGGGCUCAGUCAGCAGUCGGAGGAGGAGCAGCAGGCUAUGAGGCUCCAGGCUCAGGAUGAGCAGCAGCAGAGUGAUCAGCUGCAGAGCAACAUCCUCAGAAUAGAAAAAGAGAUUGAGGCAUUGGAACAGAAAGAGCUCAGCAUCUCAUUCAAUGAAGAGAUAGUCCUGAAGCGGUUGAAAGAGGUGGAGAGGACGCCUGAAGACAUCAUUAAGGACCUAAACGCAGAGUUCCAGCCAGAUGUGCCAUAUUCUCCUCUCAAAACCCAAAACAUCCCAUUGUUAUUUUCUCAAAGCAAAGCAGAAAUCCCUGGAGUUAAAGAAGCCAACAGUGCUGAAACAAAACAAGCAACCUUUGCAAUUCAAAUCAGUGUAGAACAUAAUAACAGAACGGGCAGAAAUGAGGUGGUUUCUUCAGCGACCGUAAACCCAGACAGAAUUCACGAGAGAGGGUUAAAGGUAUACGAUGAUGGACGCACGUCUGUGUACGUGGUGCCGCUGAUGGAGGACACAGUCCCUGAUGGCGCGCUGGGAGAGAUGUCCAGCACUGAAGUGGAAGAGCUUCUGCAUCAGGUCACAGACCAAACAGUGCCUUCUGAGGUUCAGUCCCAUCAUCCGGUGUUCUCUGUGCCAUACACAGGAAACAGCAGGCCAGCAACACCAAGGGCACCAAGUCAAAUGCAUAAAGAAAAAUCAGCCUUUAUUCAAGACCUACAAGAGCAGUUACCUCCACCUAAACCUCACCAGCACUUCACUUCAGGUGCCUUUCAGCCUGAUGAGGAAGCAAAGCGGCACUGUUGUAACACUGCAGGACAAUUCAAAAAUAACAUGAAUCUAACAGGAAGGUCAGACCCUGGUGCUACAACCUCAUCAGGAUUACCCCGCAGCCAGGCAGACACCACCACUGCAGAGCCGGGUGGUCCGCUGCCACUUACUGUGAGUUCUGACGUAAUGCCUGCAACCCAGCCGAUUCACUGGGGGUUAAAUCGACUUCUACCCAAAGUCAUCAGAGACUCAACCACAGCUGAUGAGACACGGAGUGACUUCCACAUCCACCCAGCCACAGAAAACACUGUGAAGCUCUUCAACACACUGCCAGAGGAGGAAGAGGAGGAACCAGUCACAAUGAUUUUCAUCGGCUAUGAAAAUGCUCCAGAUGAAGAGGAGGAAGACAUUCAAGCUGAGCUAGUGACCAUAGGUGACAGUGAUGGUGAAGAGGAUUACAAUGAUCACCACAAGUGUCUUGGUAAUUUGCACUACAGAGAAGAACUUCUGUCCUACCACCCAGAAGGAUGCAUCAGUAAAAUCUUCCAACCCAAAGUGGGGCUAGCCAGGGCUGCUGGAGGAGGACAGCCAGCUGGAGACAGCUACACACACUGCAGGGAUCUGGAGCUCCACAAGCCAACAUUCAUCCACAUGCCAGGGAAAGGCAGCCACUCCACACAGGGCCAGGGCGAGGCGCAGCCUGCAGACUCAGGCUGCAUCAGACCGCAGCAGCUCUGCUCAACAACAAGAUGAGACAGAGUUCUGCUAGGCUUCUUUUUCUUUUAUUGGAAUUGUUUAAUUAUAGAUGCAAACUGUGUUGGAUAUUUUAAGAUUAUGUAAUGACAGGUAUUUGCCAGGAGGUGGCAAUAACAGAACGUGUCAACUGGAGUCAUUUUUAACCAGCUGGUGCUUACCUGGUCUAAGUGUAUUUAUAGUAGGCCACUGCUUAUUAAUAAGAUGCUGUUUAACUAAUGUUCAGAUUCUUCUAUUGGUUCUUUCUGGUUCUGGGUCACAGUGAUAAGUGGUUUUUCGUGUUUUAAAUAAAAAUGUUGGAUGGUGAAGCCGACAUGACAAA